GAAUAUGUGUUUAAGAGCAUGUAAUAAGGACAUAUUUCCCUAGAGUGAAGUGAAACAGUGGUGCAGGGGGUGGGUACAGGUGUUGAUUGGGUGCUGGCCACUGUAAAGGGAAUUAAAUGGUAUAAGUCUCUGAGGUCUACCGUCACAUCAUGAUACUUAAAGAUACAGAGAGAAGAAGAAAACGAGAGUAUGAGAAAAACAGACCAGAGGAAAACAAGAGGCCAGAGGAUAAACACUGCCAUAAGGGCACACUCUAUAAAUGCAGUUUUUAUUCCAAAACUGAGUGAUGGUCUGAAGAUCAGCUUUUAAAUUAUUAGUUUAGCGAUUAUCUGUUUGGAAGAAAGCGGAUAAUCAGAACAGCAGCAGGGGUGGUGUAUCAAAAAACUUUUAGAUUCAGAGCAAGAUGAAUGAGCAGCCAACAGAAGACACACCCAGCCUUCAGCAGCUGGAUAACGAGGAAAGGAGUACAGGAGAUGGUGAAGGAGAAGAAAAGGCAGAAGACAUUAUGGAUCUCAAAGACAUGAUCAAUACAUGGGAAAAUGAGAAAAAAUAUGGUCAGAUGGAGUGUCAGGAAUCUAUUUCCAAAGUUGAGAUCAAGCCAGCAAAAGUUCAGUCAGUCUUCUCUCUGGUGCGGAGUCAGAUCCGUGCUCAAUCUGGCCUGGACGGCCGGCGAUCAGGCAUGCUGCAGUUGGUGCACCGGGUCACCAGGCAGCUGGAGCGGAGCAAAGGUGAUUACUGUGGGACUGUACCUAGUCUUGAGAUUACAUCAGGUGAGGAAGAGGACACUGCAGAUCUGAAAACUGAGGAAGAGACUAUAGAGGUGAAUGAAGAUCCUGAAACAGAGAAGAAGAACAAAGAGGAGAUGUAUGUGGUGUUGCUCCAAGAAGUGCUGGACAGUUUGGAGUCCCUGAGAAAAGAAGUCAGAGAGGAGCUAAGUUUAUUAAAGCUAGAGUCUCAAAACUACACAGAACAAUCACUGAAAAGCAUGGAGGCACGGCUCACACACACACUGACAACACACAUGAUGCCCCAGCCCUUCUCCAGGUCCCACCUUAUGGGAUCGCUGGAUGGUAAAAAGCACAAACCCCUCCCUGUCCCACCUUUAGUGGCGACUAGGAGACGGACUCUUAAUCGCACAAUGACCACCAUCACUCCUAAAACCUGUCCCCCACCUUCCCUCGGGCCACGCUCCAUGUCUGAGCCUCUGAGGGGGCGAGAAACUGAGGGAGCAUGUGCUGGCGGCAGUAACUGCAGUACACACACACUCCUGAGGGGACGAGACUCCCUAAGGCUGCCACUGGGGCCCCUUGGGCCUCUGCCACCAGGCCUAUCCCCCACACAGCCAGGCAAGAAGCCUACUCGCAGUAAGACUCGAACAAGUAAAGCAGAAGUGUAAAUACAUUUCACCAUCAAAUGUGAAGAUUUCAGUUUUCUUCUUUAGACAAUACAAAUACAAAAAUCCUUUAUUUAAAAUUUCAACGAAAGUCAUUGUAUAUUUUAUCACCACUAAUUUUAAACAUCAUAUUGUUUACAAGGAGCACUAUAUUUUUUUUGUUAGUGGUUUAAUAGCACAUUCUGUACCUAACAAAAAUGAAUUAACUUUAUACACAUUUGUAUAUGAAUAUUAGACAAUGCUAAUUAAAGGUAUAUAACUUCCACAAUAUAAAUGCUGUUCUUUUGUAACCUCCUGUUUAAUUCUUUGAUUAAAGGAACCUCUGAUAUCA